CUGAGAGGAUGACCAACCUUACAGUUAUUCUUGCUAUCUAUGUCAUCACCUUCCUGAUCGGCUUCCCUUCCAACCUCUUGGCCUUCUACACAUUCUUAGUGAAAGUCCGCAAGAAGCCGGCCCCUAUAGACAUCCUCUUGCUCAACUUGACUUUAUCGGACGUCAUCCUUCUGGUUUUCCUUCCUCUCAAAAUGGUGGAGGCAGCCCGAAACAAUGCAUGGCCUUUCCACAGAGCCCUGUGCACCGUCACCAGCUGCACCUUCCACAGCAGCCUCUCCAUCAGCACUCUUUUCCUCACAGCCAUCAGUGUGGACCGCUACCUGGGGGUGGUGUUUCCCAUCAAGUACAGGAUGAAACGCAAGGCCGCCUACGCAGUGAUGGCCAGCAUCUUCAUCUGGAUAUUUGUUGGCUCCCACUGCGGCACAGUCUUUGUCGUGAGGUCCCUACGCAAUGAUUCGAUCCCGUCGUCAGAACGCCCUUCCAACCAUGUGGUGUGUUUCAAGGAGUUCAACGAAGAGCAGAGGAAGAUCAUCUACCCCUUCCGGCUCGAAAUCUGCAUUGUUCUCUUUUGCAUUCCUUUUGUCAUCACCUUCUUCUGUUAUGUCAAUGUAAUCCGCAUCUUGGCCUCCCUGCCUAACAUCCAGGCCCGCAAGAAACAAAGGGCCGUGGGCUUGGCUCUGGUCACUUUGCUCAAUUACACUCUUUGCUUUGCCCCCUUUAACAUCUCCCACAUCUUUGGAGUAAUCUAUUAUAAAGACCCAACGUGGAGAGAGUAUACUUUUGCCCUCAGCUCCUUCAACACCUGCUUGGAUCCUUUCAUCUUCUUCUUCUCGUCCAACGCCAUCCGACGAAACGUCGGUGUUUGCUGGGCUGGCAUGUACCUCAGAGUCCGUCCCAUUUUAUCACGCUGCUCUUUGCCUUGCUGCAAGGAACCCAGAGACAAUGAUGAGGGAGCAGGGGCUGCUGGAUUAUCCACUUCGAGUGGACUGGGCGGGACUGGUGCAUCCAAUGAAUCCCCCGCCAGCGUUCGCAUCGCAAAGACCUGGGAAGUUAGUGCACUGAACCCUGAAAAAGAAGCAUAUUGUACCAAGUUCCAAAUACACAUGGAACAUUAG